AUGUUGGAAGCAGACCAGCCUUUCAUGUUUGCCACCAGCUCAACAGGACGACCAGCAACAGCGGCCGAUCUUGGUAGUAGCUCGAGUACUACUACUUCCAAGCCAGUGAACAACAGCAACACCAUGACACCGUCCAAUGACAUUGCUUUCUCAAGGUCUUCUAUAACGCAACCCACUACUGCUACAAGUGCUGCUGCUACUGGUACUAGUACUAGUGCUAGUGCUGCUGCUACUACUACUUCUACCACUCCUGCUCAUUUACCUCCACCUCCACUACCGCCGUCUUCUCAAUCGUACACUCCACCACCUCCACCUCCAUCGACGGGAGGCAAUGGUAGCUCUACUACUCAAUACUACCAUGCUCAUGAACGGCCACAACCUCCACCACCUGCUAGUCAUCAGCAACACCACCACAACCACAACCACAACCACCACAACCACCCUCCUCCUCCUAUGCCAACUCAAAGCGACGACCCAUAUCUCUAUCAUCACCAUCAUCCCCAUCAUCAUCCCCAUCAUCAUCAUGCUGCUGCUGCUGCUGCUGCUCCUCCUCCUCCUCCUCCUUUGCCUUUUACACGGCCACCUUUGGAUCAAGAAGAACCAACAGCUUAUGCAUAUCAACCCAAUGGUAAUGGUGGUGGUAGUGGUGGCACUCAUAUCACAAGUGUAUAUGCACACCGCGGAAUGCAGCAACAACAACAACAGCCACAUUUACAUCCACCGUACCAUGUGCAUCAUCAUCUUCCACAUCCUCUCUCAGCACAACCUGUCAUUGACGACCAUUAUAAUCCAUCUACUACAACACCACCUCCAACAACAACAACAACAACAACAACGACUGCUACCACCGUUGCUGCUCCUGCUGGUUCAAGUACUUCAAUCCAACCUCCACCACAUCCACCACCACCUCCAGCCAUGAACAGUAAUUCCAUGUAUUAUGAAGCAGAUGAUGCAGAUGGAUGGCUAGUAGAAGUAGGCAAUUAUGAAGCAGAUCAAAGGAGGACCAAGAAACGAAAAGAAGUGGGUGGACGAUUGGAAAAGAUCAACAUGGAUUUCAUGGAGAAUAGAGAAAGGAUUUACGCGGACAAGUUGGCUGUCUUACAAGAAGAAAUCAAGCAAGUGCACCAGAAUACACAUAUUGCCUAUUUACAAGGAUUGGAGGAGUUGAAGUAUACGCGUGAAAAACGAAUCCACGAUGCCAGAUUAUUCCGAGCCUAUCAUGAACGCAUUAUUGAUAAUCAAUUCAACCGCGAAAGAAUGCUAGCGGAAGAAGAAUGCUCGGCUGAAAAGCGAGAAAUGCGUGAUAAGCUGUUUACUGCUUUGGAAGAAAAACGUCGCAAACUCAAGGAAGACAAAGAUAAUUGUGAAUUGGCUUAUGAUUCUUUAUUAGAAUCCCAAACACGGAUGAUGAAGCGGUCCUUGCGACGGCGUGGUAUUGAACAAGUUGACAACAAAACCAACAAGCGAAAACAAUUGUCUGAUAUCCUUUUUCCUCAACCUAUUCUACUGAUUUAUAUUACAUGA